AUGCCCUUUGGUGCUAUCAUCCGACCUGGAGUUAUCAGGCCUUUCUCUCUUAUUCGGAUUAGUCCCAUUUCAUGGGCUUGCUAUCACAAAGUCCCAUCUAAUUCUACGAACGGGAGUCUUCCCAUCUACGUUGCUCCCUCAUUCCCUGAUGAUUUCGAAUCAUCGCCUUUAGCCUCGGAAGGUGCAAAGAUAGGAAAAGAAAUCCCUAAAUGGGAUGAAAGCCAAGCUACUUUUAGUGAGGCGGCGGUCAAGGCUGAUCGAGGUGAUGUUAACUUGAACCCAAAGCCUCGAACCAAGACCCCGACGACGGAAGAUAGGGUGCCCGAAUUGGAUGAAAUGUGA